UUGUAUAUAUAGUACUAUAGUAUGUUGAGAGCGGUCCUCAAAACUUGUUCAGGCAAAAAGAGCUGAGAAUGGUUUUCAUGCUAAGUUUAAGCUUGAAGUGAAGGCCCCAUAAUAUUUCCAGGUUUUGAAGCAGGAAUGAGGAGGAGCAGUCGAAAAAUGUGGUGGGUGGUGCCUUGCACAAGCAGAAAAAGCUUGCGAACCGAGUCGGGAUUGGACAUAGAGGAAAUCCUCAAGAUGAAGCUAGCAACCAUCAUAGAAGAACCGGAAGUGUGUGAGGACAAUGAAAGUACUGUCACAAACCACAGGUUCAUGGACAAGAAGGGAAAGAAGAUUCAAUUGAAGGUUAAAAUAGGAAGCCUAUUUAAGCCUCAAUUCAGCCUUAAGGAUUCUUAUGUGCUGUUCAUGACUGGUUUUGCCUCCAAAGGUAGCUUGCAUGGGCUUUCCCAAUACUAAUCAUGUCACAUUUUGGCAAUUCAUCCAGGAAUAACACUGACACUGAUAAAAAAGAUGCAGAUAUUUUGUGGCGUCAAGGCUAAUCAGCUUUU